AUGGAAUUAAACUCAGUCGAAGAAAAGCGUGAUAGUUUAUGGCCUCAACUGGGUUUGAUAAAUCCCGACGUCAAGCCGAACGGUAUUCGUUUUCCACCUUUUGUGGGAAAUCUUGGAAAAAUUCGACCAUACUUGGUAGAACAAAUGCAAGCAAUGAACCUAGAAGGCGAAAACUCGCUCCACCAAUCGAAUUCUUCAAGCAAUAGCAGUCCAAACGACACGCCGCCCGGAACGCCAGCAAAUACCCCAACCACAACUCCCCAUGGGCCCGGCAGGGGCGACACGAAGCCGCGGUCCAAUGGCAUGUCAUAUGGGCCUAGUCCGGGUCCACCUUCCAUGCCAGAUACGCAAUCCCCGCCGCCUCCGAAUUUCAGCAACAGUUCUGUGCCUUACAAUUUUCAUCAGCCAUUCACCACCCUGCCCCCUAACAGGUCAAUGUUUCCUUAUAAUCAAACCUAUAGGCCUACCUUCACCGCUCAGUUUCCUAAUUAUCCAACUGACAACAAUUUCCCUUAUUCCUUAUCUUAUUUUCCAAUUAUGUAUUCUAGCCAGUAUCAACCGAGGACUCCGCCAGGGUGCUAUAACUGUGGGGCGCCCAAUCACGUGGGCAGUGAGUGUACCAGUCAAAAUAUAGAAGAAAUCACUCAGAAGAAGACUUAUGUUCUGGAUUAUAAUUCGCCAUUACCAGAUUCGGAAAAAUGA